GGCAACAAUGACCUUACCGUACUCCUGCUAAAUCUACGCCUAUCCGUGCGCUGUGGGAGCGUUACUAAACUACAGCCGAAUCCUUUUCAACUUCACCUUUUGAUCCUAACGCCUAACGCAGUUCACGAACGCCUCGCGGUGUUUACUGCUGCAUUGUUGGUUGCUCAAAUAAUAAGGGGACGCGUCCAGACCUCCAUUUUUAUCGGCUGCCUUCACGUCCGUACGAGAAAGAAAGGAAGCUCCGAUGGAUUCAGGCUAUUCGGCGUCAGAAGUAAGUUCCAUAUAUGGUUUAUAUAGUUUCGUAGCUACCUUUCAUUGCUGCUUUACAAUUGAACGCGGUUUCGGCUUUAUAGCGAAGACGGGAGCCCUUGGGUACCUCCAAAAGACGCCCGUGUGUGCAGCGACCACUUCGUCGGUGGGGAGAGGAGCGACGUGCAAAAUCACCCUGCGUACGUGCCUACGCUGUUUCCGCAGGCUUACAGGAAACGGGAAACUCCCACACAAAAUCUGCAUCGUUAUGAAAGGUAUUUUGAAAUGUUUCAUUCACCCCACAAUCCUUUAAAGGCAUGAGUAAAAGUGUUCAACUUUCGUAUUUUGUCCCAGGCUAACAAAAAGGCAGCGUGUUCAUACGUUGGAGGAUACAGGGCCAUCAGUCCAUAAUGAAGAAACUGAGGAUACGUCUGAGCUACAUGAAGACGACAGUACCACAGCAGAUGCCAGCACAUCAAAAACAAUGGGGACACAAACGGAGGACUCAGAGCUCGAGCUAACAGGGGGCCUUCUGGUGUUCCUUUCAAGCGUGACCAGAGAAGGCGCAAGUGCUCAAGUGACUCAUGCUUGUUUGACAUCUGUUGGCACAAACACGUCAGUGACAGAGAAUUCAGGAGACCCGCCCCAAGCUCCAACUACGAGGUCCAUUGCUACUGGCAGUAGUGAGAGGUGCUCUAUGUUUCAGGGCUACGACAGCAUUUGUGGGACUCCAGAAAUUGUAACAGACCUCUGCGGUGUUACCAUCAACGUCUUUGCACUACUGUUGAGUCUCAUAACACACCUGAGAGUUCGUGAAGUGGAUGUUACACUGCCUAACAAACUCUUAAUUUUCUUGAUGAAGCUCAAGUUAGGUAUAUCGUUUUCAUCAAUAGGCAGCCUUUUUGGUGUUCACAGGACAACAGCAUCCCGUAUCUUCCACUCGAUUUUGGAUGUACUUUCAAAUGCUACAGCAGAUUGGAUAUUUGUCCCGUCAGUGGAGGCCAUAAGACUCUCUAUGCCAAAAUGUUUUUCUGAGCACUAUCCUAAGUGCAAGUUCAUCAUAGAUUGCACAGAAAUCCGAAUGGAAACCCCAGAUACCCCAGAGAGACAGCGUGCAUUUUUUUCGAACUACAAGGGCUGUCAUACAGUGAAGUUUCUUGUGGCAAUUGCACCAAACGGAGCUAUUUGUUUUGUUUCUGAAGGUUAUGGAGGGCGCACAACUGAUUCCUCUGUAACUGUCGACUCUGGAUUUUUAGAACACAUUAGUCCAGGUGAUCAAAUCCUGGCUGACAAAGGUUUUCCAUCAAUAAGGACGGUUGUGGGUGAGAAAAAUGCAUUGUUAAUUAUGCCUCCAUUUUACUCUGGUAAGCAGUUCACAGAAGCUGAGAUGACAGACUGUUACAACAUUGCACAGGUUCGAAUUCACGUGGAGAGAAUGAUCCAACGUAUCAAAAUUUAUAAUAUUCUUAACCAUCGUGUACCAGUAUCACUUGUGCCAAAGCUGUCUGCAAUAUUCAGGAUGUGCUGUGUCCUGGCCAAUUUACAGCCUUCAAUAAUCCGUGCUUCUGGCAGCGAGCAAAAGACCGAUAUUUCCACACAAUAACUAGCUGUGAACCGUAAAACAAUGCUGCACAUAUUAAGAGCCAGCUGGUGGUCAGCAAUCUGUAUAUGUUAGAUACAGCGAAGUACAUUCUGUGAAACAAUCCCAACUUGCAUUGCUGUCUUUAUCACACUGUCUUUAUUACGCAGUUUGUCAUAAAAAUGUUUUGUCAGUGUUUGUAUGUCAAGUCCAGUAAAACUACAAGUAUAAUUGAGUACACAUUUGCAUGGCUUUUGGCAUAUUUAUUUCACAUAAAUAGUGCCUGACAAAGGCAACACAAAGAUUACCGUGGUCAAACAUUGCUUUCACAUAGGGCAGGGAGAUAAGUAGUAAAGUAGAAGUCCCCCAACUUAGGAAUGAGCAUUGACAGCAUACUGUCAUCACGGUUUAACAGCACUGUCACAUUCUGAUGCUUUGAAUAAACAAAAAAGAAACAGGUUCUACAGUUUAGUACAUA